AUGAAAAAUCAUCAAGUCUCGAUGACAGAAGAUCGCAUGUCUCAAAAAGAUAUGCCCAAUGUCACAGACAUCGACUGGAGCAGAGAAGCUCUGCAUUCCCUGCUACAUAUUGUCACAGACCUUGACCGUCUCCCGAAGGAAUACAAUGCCUUCUUACAACCACUGUUCAAUAAGAUAAAGAAAGAUGAAGGCCUAUCGGCCGCGGCCUUGGAAAAAUGCAAACUGGCCUUUGCAAGCUGGGACGGUCAAGAACAUAAUGGCCUGGAUGAAUUGGCUAUCAAACGCUGCAUGGAUUUAUGGUUAACCAUCAAAGGUGAAGACUAUCCAUUAAAAAAAGCUUUAUCGAAUCCUGCUAACCUCGUAGUGCAAGAAGUUGAAGUCUGUGAUUUCGUUGACAAACAUGAUCUGAGGAGGAUCGAGUUUGACUCUGCUACAGGAGAACCGAUAGAGAAUAGCUUAGGAAACUUAAUUAUAGAAGAAGUGGAGGCUGCGGAUUAUGUUAAUUCGAGUGAGACAUCUGACUAG